AUGCUGGGCCUGCACGAGCUGGCAGAGCCCUACAAGCCAAAGGCAGGCAAGCCCGCGAGCGACCCAAACGACGACCUGGACGAUUGCGUGUCCAUGGACGCCAAGACGGCUCAAGGGCCUUUGAAGGAUGAGGUCCAGAAUAUCUACAACCUGUGCCCCAUCAGCUGCUACAGCAGCCAAAAGCAGACAAAUCUUUCGGGCUGGCUUCGGAUGGACAUCAAGCCAGCAGAUGCUGCGGGUGUGAAGGUUGCCAUGGUCUCCCUUGACUUGGUCGAGAAGGUGCUAGCAAAAGGCGAUGCACUGAAGUCAUUUCACUCGAACUUGUCCAGACUAACGGAUCAAUUCAUUUGCAUCCUCCGGCACGGCAUGUUCCCGGGAGUGCCGCCCGAGGUGAUUUGGUUAAUUGCUUGUGGAACGCAGAGGCGGCACUAUGCCCCAAAAGAAACUCUGGUAGAGGAAGAUGAUUUGGGCGAGAUCGCCGACUGGCUGAUUGCCAUUAACAGUGGCAAGGCUGAAGUCGAGAAGCUGAGCUACAAUGGUGAGGAGGCGGUGCCUCAAACAAUCGGUGCUCUUAGCGAGGGCGCUGUCAUGGGCGAUGUCUGCUUCUUGCACGGAGGGGUCCCGCGUGGGGCCACAGUACGAGCGCAAACAGAGGUGGAUGCCAUUGCGAUUCCACCCAGUGUGAUCCUGGAUGCGCUCGCGCUCUUCCCUGGAAUCACUGGCAGCUUCAUGGGCCGCCUUCGCGAGAUCGUGAUGCAGCUCCAAGGUAGCCUUCCACGCCCUGCACAAGCGCUGAAGGGGAUGCAGAUCUUCUCCAGUUGCGACCUGGCCUUCCUGCGGGCCGUUGCCUCCGUCUCGGAGCGCAAGGUAUUCUUCGCAGGCGAUCAAGUUCGAGAGGAGGGCAUCAUGGAUGACACCCUGCGGGUUAUCGAGUUUGGGCGAUGCCGAGUUGAGCGUCGCAGUGAGGGCCGUGGUGUGGAAUUCUGCGGCUACUGUGACGUGGGCACGGUCCUGGGUGAGAGGAGGUUCUUCAACAUGCCCUCAAUGUGGCCCGAUGCGACCUUCCGGAUAGCCACGCCGCUGGCCCUCCUGCUGUUCAUCCCUAGGCAAUCCUUCAACGGUGUGCUGGACAACUACCCCUCUGAGCAGCAGAGGUUUCGGCUCGUGAAGGAGAACUCAAAGACGGACGGCGGGAACGCAAAGCGAGAGCACGAUGCAGCAAGCCUGACAAUUCUACAGGGGUGUGGGCCUGGCUUCCUCCAAGCCAUAGCAGGCUGCAUCCGCACCGUGACCUACAAGAUUGGCCAGACUAUCACCGUCCAAGGUGCAGUCGAUUCUGGCUCGAUGUACAUCAUCAAAGGUGGUUCUGCCGAAGUCUUUGUCAACCACCGGUAUGUGAAAGAUGUCCAUGCAGGCGACAGCUUCGGUGAGCUGACCAUCCUUGGCUUUGUCAAGCGGCGAAGUGCGGUGGUAAGGGCAAAGGAGAUUUGCAUAGUUUUGGAAAUGCCACGGGCUGCUUUCAUCGCAGCGCUGGAGGACCACCCUGAGGAGCAAGAGCAUUUCCAGAAGAUUGGACGCCAACAUGGUGUUGUGGUUUCCAGCACUCAGUGGCCUCUCUUUGUGGGCGCUUCACAGAAGCUGCUGUCGCUGAUCAACCUGUAUGCCAGGAAGCACAUCACAGCCAAGGGCUUGUGGUCGACCUUCAACGGGGAGCAGCUGCCCGAACAGGCGGCCAUUCUUGUACUUCGCGGCGAGAUCCGGAUGAUCACUCCCGACAAGGGUGAGCUGGUCUUUGCCGAAGGCACCUGCUUCAAUGAGCAGCUCCUGUUUGGGCUUCCGCCCCUUGAGGGCCGACUGCAGCCACAGGGGAACUGCGAGGUCCAGAUCAUGACUGCUGAAAUCUUUGACAGGGUGGUAUCCGAGUGCCCAAACGAACGCGACUUCAUCAUGCAGCGGAUUGUGAAUGAGAUCGCCCGCAAGGCGGAGCAGAGCAUUGGCUUCCAACGAGGCGACUUGGGCGGUGCCUUGGUCUUGUCCACGGUCAUCCAGGUCGCGGCGGACGAGUUCGCAGACCAGCUGCGGAAGCGUAUUGACGCGCGGAUCUACGAGCCAGGCAUGUUGCUAACCGAUGUCGGGCAAGAAGGAGAUUGCAUGUUUGUGCUCGUGGAGGGUGAGGCCGAGAACGAAGGUGACGGCACUUGCCGCGGCCGUGCACUGCGGCUGAAGUCUGGCAGCGUCAUUGGAGAAUCUGUGCUUCUUGGCGUCGCACGCACGUAUCCGAACCGUAUCCGAGCGGUGACGCGCUGCAUCGCACUGGCACUCACGAGGAGCGUCUUCCGGCAGGUCCUGGAGGAGUUCCCUUCACACGUGGAGCUGUACAGCCAUAUGUCCGCUGCCAACCCCGAGCAGAGCGAGCCAAGCAAGAGUGCGCUGGACCUGCAGGAGCACCUGCAAAAGAGUCGGGCCUUCUCCAAUGUCAGCAAGGACUUCCUUUCGGUGGUCUGCGAGCGGGCUGAUGAGGUUUAUUUUGGACCCGGCGACGAUAUCUUCCGCCGCGGCGAGGUUUGCAAGCUGGGCGAGGCCAUCAUGUACAUAUUGCUGCAGGGUGCAGCCAUUGUCGAAGGAGAGUAUGGCGACGAGCUUGGCAGGCUGAACCCUGGUGACGUGGUGGGCGAGGGCGGGGCUUUGGGGAUUGCACCAAUCCGUGGCGCCACAGUUCGAGCUUGGCGAGACACGCUGGUGCGAGCCGUGCGACUGCACGGCAGCUCCAUACAAAGGGCAAUUACCGCCUACCCGGAUGAGUACGAGUCCCUGCAGGCCAUCUUCCAGAAGCGUGCAUCUGCCAACAAGGAGGUGGAACGAGUAAGGCAGAAGUGGCUCCAGGAGCAAGUCAUCCCAGCACUGAACAAGUGUCGCAUCUUCAACGGGUUUCCUGAGCACAUCAUCCGCAAGAUCGCGGAGCAUUUGCUACAAGCAACCUACACAAGUGGCCAGAUUGUGUGCGUGGCGGGCAAUGGUGCAGACUCCAUGAUCAUUUUCCUCAAGGGUGAGGGCGAAGUCCACACAAAGUCAGGAGACCUGAUUGGAACUAUCACGCCCGGCGCGAUGAUCGGCGAGGUCUCAGUGCUGGGGCUCUUCCCGUGGCGGACGGCUACGAUCCGGGCCACGACGAAUGCAGAUGCAGUUCUGAUUACCGCCAACCUGAUCACGCGGAUCUUGCAGGGCGAUGACGCAGCGGAGGCGCGAGCACGCUUCGAGGCGUUGCGCCAGGAGAGAUGUGAUCAGGUGGAGCAGGGCAUGCCUCUGUGCACCCUUCCGCUUGACGUGAGUGUCAAGGAUGUAGCAGCACGUGCUGUUGCGCUGCAUGCAAUCCGCUUCGACUUUUCGACGGGUGACGUGUUCAAGCCAAACUCCAAGUCGCAGGGGCCGCACUACUGGAUCCUGGUCCAAGGAACCAUGAACCUCAUGAUGGGCGCCCGCCACAUCAUGCUGUUCAGCGCCGGCCCCGUGAAUCCCCUCAUACCGGAGCACGUUGCGCAGGACUUCGGUGCAACGCUGCAUGCCGCCACCCCUUGUGAGGCUUAUCGUGUAUGCCUCUACGACAUCCUGCUGGCCACCCACUGCGUCAGAGCGAAGUGGUACAAGCACUUCGAGAAACUGCUGGAGGAGGUUCAGGUGAAGGUGCGGAUGAAGCUGCAAGGGGCCCGUUCGAUACAAACCAUGAAGCUUCGCAGAUCCCGUCACCCGGCAGCAUCAACUAGAGUCAGAAAGCGGGCCUUGUUGGCUUGGAGUCUACCAGCUGAACCACUGUCUCGCUGGAUUUCAAAACCAUUCCAACCGUCCCGAUGGCGUAGAGAAACAGAGUAUCUAGCUUUUGGCAGGAAAAGUCUUACAGGAUGCUGCGGCUAUACUAUGAUGCACUUUAGUAUUCUUGCACUUGUGUAA